AUGGAGCACUCGUCUGCCUUUGAUGCGGUUAUGGCAGACAACGCUGGGAUCACCCCUUCGUUCAGUGACCUGCUGGGUGACGGGUCCCCUGUCGCCAAGAAGGUGUGCAAAGCCGCCUCCUCAUCUUCCUCUAAACUCCCGGUUGUGGCUCCCGCUCCGGCGCCUGCUGUGAACGUGGAAGUCUCUUCCGCUCCUUCUUUGGGUGCGCCUGGCAAGCGCUUCCGUCGUCUCUGUGCGCUGCGUGACACGGUCGGUGAGACCGCGACUGAUGUGACACGGGAUCUGGACACUCUUGUCGCCGUGAUCUUUCCGGAGAAUCUCGCUGAGCCGGUUCGCAAGGAUAUUGUUGCGUCUAUCAAAAAGAGUCUCCGUCGCUCUGAUUUCAAGAAUUGGCAGAUUCCUUCUUUCAAGUCGAUGGCGGGUGAGAACCUGAAGUUCGGCAAACGCUCCUACGCCAGGCAGAUUCUGCAGUUUCCCAACAAGGAAGCGGCACAGGACUUCGCUGCCCGUCCGCCGAUCUUCUUCUCCCCGCCCCAUGGACCCGUGGUCGAACUCAAGGUCUACGUGGACCCCGCGCCGGACUUCACAGCGGCAAAAGCGCGCGGUGAAACCCACAUCGUCAUUCGCAACAUUCCGCUGGGUCUCACGGAGGAGAAACUGGUCGGGAUCCUGCUGAACGGCAAAAACCGAGAGGGACAGAAGUGGAUCUCAGAGCUCCUGUACUUUCACACGGCGUCUGAUCCCUAUGAGGAAACUUUCCAACUGCAGAUGCACGGCAUUGUCAAACCCAUGAUCGGUGACGAGGCGUUCAGCGUUACCCCGCCGGUUAUUUGGAUCCCGGACGUGCGCGAGCCAGUCCUGGUGAAUCUCUCCUGUCAUUCUUGUGGUAUCUGCUCGAGCAAUCACCGCACCGGGGACCACCACGUUUUCCCGACGCUGCGCCGCAACAAGAUUAACAAUCCCCACUCGAUCUCGGUCGCCCAGUUACAGAACGUGAACGCCAAAGCGCUUGGGCACUCGCCGGCAGCCAACAAAGUCAAGCAAGACCUUGGGCUUCUCUUCAUUGGUCUCGACAGCGAAGUCGAGGCUUGGACCUCCUGUGCCUGCGACUUUACCUGUGGCUGGACCAUCGAUUCGGCGCUCGCCCAUGGCGACUCGCCUCAGCACCUCCGGCGUCUGCAGAUGUCCGCCCCCCUCCUCAAGGAAGAGUUUGGGGACAUGAAGGUUCAGGCGUUCCUGAAAAACGACAAGCUGGUUCAGUUUUUCGCCGAAGAGUAG